GCUCAGGCUCAAGCUAGAUUGCUUCCAAAUCUUUACUCCCAUCUCUCUCAAGACUGAAUCCAUUGGAUUCGGCCGUUCUCUUCAGACUCCUCCGUCUGUUUUCGUCAUAAACCACCGGCCAGUUGGAUUCAGAGGCCCAGGCGCCGGCCCGUGAUGGAUGUGGUGGAUCCAGGGCGGUUCCGCCUGGAACACCAGACGAGCAGGGUGGACCGGGGCAGCGAGCCCUGUGAGGUGACCGUGACGCGCGUCUUCUAUGCUCGCAGUGAGGAGGAAGAGAUCUUGGUCUUUUCGAAGGAUGAUGAGCUCUACGAGGGUCGUGGUGGCGCAAGACAUGAAGCAUCUCUGGAUGAGACUGGCCUGACGAUAAUGCAGGAGAAGAUCAAUUCGGAUGGAGAAAGCAUAGGUAGCUUUGAGCCCUUCAAGCUUCCGUUCAGCGCUCUGCUGCCCAAAACACCUCGUGAUGGACCCAGUCCCUUCGACGAGCUGGAGAGUGCAUUGGACAGCCUCAAGAAGCUGCCGAAAGAAGGACCGUGAUGAGCGAGCGGCACAGGGAGGGUACCGGAGAAUAUCGGUAUCCUCUUUGGGCUCCGUGUCCGAACUUAGGACAAGACGGCGAACUAGAAUGAGAAGAGGGCUUCAAAGGACAAUUUGACAAUUUGAGAGAAGAGGGCUUCAAAGGUCCUGGUUCAGAGAAUCACUUCAGAGUCAAAGACUUGACGUUGAUUUGAGUUUGUGCAGCUGUUGGUACCUUCAAAAGAGAUUUGUUGCAACUCUGGAGACCGUUGCCUCAACUCUGGCUCUGGAGACUCCGGCUCAUUCAUCAAAGAGCCUCAUGGGCGGCCCACGGCCUGAGCUACUCAAUCUUUUGUGUGAUACCUCAGUGAGACAAGCUCUUCAAGGGUGUUCCCUUUCUAUCUUACAUAUAGUCUUAGUUGCCAUACUGCUCACUACUUACCUGCAUCUAUAUGUUUGUUGACAGCCAUUCCUGUGGAAGCUGCACAUUGGAAAGCACUGUUCCUUGAUGGAGCCAUUCCUGCUUCAAUUGAGAGUGGAGGCAUUUUCCAACUCUGCAACUACGACCAUGCCAACAACAAAUCUA